AUAUAGUGAAUGCACAGGAUCGUCCAGAGCGGAUAUAGUCCAAUCACGAGCGGUCCAGGGAGAGCGGAUAUAGUCAAUGAGAGCGGGUCCAGGGACCAGUCCAAUCACAGAGCGGGGCACAGACCGAUAUAGUGAAUGCAGAGCCACAGACCGGAUAUCCAAUCACAGGGGCCCAGACCGUCCAUAUCACAGAUGCGGGGCCCAGAGACCGUAUAUGAAUGCAGGGCCCAGACCGGAUCCAUAUCAAGCGGGGCCCAGACCGAUAUAUCACAUGCGGGGCCCAGACCGUCCAAUCACAUAGUGAAUGCAGACCGUCCAAUCAGAGAGAUAGAGUGAAUGCAGGGGUCCGGGGACCGUCCAGAUAUAGUGAAUGCGGGGUCCGGGGAGAGCAGAUAUAGUGAAUGCAGAGACCGUCCAAUCACAGAGAGAGACAGACCGUCCAAUCACAGAGAGACACAGACCGUCCAAUCACAGAGAGACACAGA